AUGGUCAAGGUCAUAAGCUACGACAACAAGUUGUUCUACCGGACCGGUGGCUUGCUAUUCUUAGUUCUCAACUCUCGGUCGGUCUUGGAUCAUCUGAGUUGGGCUCUGGCAAAGGCGAAUUGCUCUCACCUCGCUACGUUGAUUAACGAAACCGCCGAAAUUUGCGGCACCGACAUCAGCUCGGUCACUCAAUUGGCUGUCUCUACAAAGGCUAGAAGUCGCGAAAUGGAAAGAAUAUUGAUCGGCGAACUUGCUUACAGGCAGCCAACGAGGAGUCCUCGAGUCCUACAUCCACUCUUCCACCCUCCUCGAACUUAA